AUGCGUGACACCUGCUUGCGUCUCUCCCCUCUUAAGCUUCGCGCCUGCCUCCCACCUGCCCAACCACAAUUGUUCUCCCCUUCUCAGCCUCCCCUCCUCAGUCUCGCCUUUUCAGUCUCGCCUUCUCCGUCUCGCCUUUUCAGUUUCGCCUCCUCAGUCUCUCCUUCUCAGUCUCCCCUUCUCAGUCUCCCCCUUCUCAGUCUCGCCUUCUCAGUCUCGCCUUCUCACUCUCGCCUUCUCACUCUCGCCUUCCCACUCUCGCCUUCUCACUCUUGCCUUCUCAGUCUCUCCUUCUCAGUCUCUCCUUCUCAGUAUCUCCUUCUCUGUCUCGCCUUCUCACUCUCGCCUUCUCACUCUCGCCUUCUCACUCUCGCCUUCUCACUCUCGCCUUCUCACUCUCGACUUCUCACUCUCGCCUUCUCACUCUCGCCUUCUAAGUCUCGCCUUCUCAGUCUCGCCUUCUCUGUCUCCCCUUCUCAGUCUCUCCUUCUCAGUAUCUCCUUCUCAGUCUCGACUUCUCACUCUCGCCUUCUCAGUCUCGCCUUCUCAGUCUCGCCUUCUCAGUCUCGCCUUCUCACUCUCCCCUUCUCAGUCUCUCCUUCUCAGUCUCGCCUUCGCACUCUCGCCUCCUCAGUUUCGCGGGUCUCGCCUUCUCAGUCUCGCGCUCUCAUCAGUCUCACCUUCUCAGUCUCGCCUUCUCAGCUCGCCUUCACACUCUCCCUUCUCCGUCUCACCUUCUCAGUCUCUCCUUCUCACCUCGCCUUCAAAGUCUCUCCUUCUCAGUCUCCCCUUCUCACUCUCGCCUUUGCACUCUUGCCUUUUCAGUUCCGCCUACUCAGUCUCACCUUCUCAUCUCCCCUUCUCACUCUCCCCUUCUCAUCUCCCCUUCUCAGUCUCUCCACGAGGCAAUCGGGGUGGUAUGCACCGUCGCUCACUUCGGCCCACAAAGCAGCAGCAACACCCCGCAACGCCCAUGCAUUCCCCCCCGUCCACUUCAACACCUCCUUCCUGUCUCCUGUCUCCCGCCUCGUUCUGCAGGAGGCAAUCGGGGUGGUACGCACCCUCGCUCACUUCGGCCCGCGCAGCAGCAGCAACCUGAGCUACUGGGGGCUGGCGGGGUGUGUGAAUUACAACGCCAUGUCAGACUAUAACCUCCAUGCGGAUGCAAUCGGCAACUUCAGCACGGGCACCAUCCUCAUGAUCGUCACCCGCCAAGACAGCGCAGCAUCUACACCACCUUUCCCUGCUCCUCUCCUCCCCGCCCUGCACUCCAGGCCUCUAGUGGAGCGCAUCGUCGGGCAUCCAAUCCAGUCAGUGCUGGGCCUGCCCGCCCCGAAGGAGUUUUACGGAGUGAACGUGUUUGGCAGCGCAGCGUCUACACCACCUUUCCCUGCUCCUCUCCUCCCCGCCCUGCACUCCAGGCCUCUAGUGGAGCGCAUCAUAGGGCAUCAGAUCCAGUCAGUGCUGGGCCUGCCCGCCCCGAAGAAGGAUCUGUACGGAGUGAACGUGUUUGGCAGCGUCAACCCCGACUUUCCCAUAAUGCCCUUCACCGACUUCUUUCCUCUGAUCCCUCCGGACCUCCGUGACAACCUCCUAAGAGGACAGACCGUUGCGGGUGCUCCUCUCUCCACUGGACCCGGAUAUGUGGCAAUCGUGUUUAUCAUUCCCAUCUUCCGCCAUCCUCUGCCAGCGAGUGCAUCUGUGCAACAAAUUCGAGACAGCAUAAGCAUUGCGUGGGCUGGUGUGGUUCAUCUUGAAAUGAGGGCCCGCGACAUACUGCACAUGCUUGAAAAUGGAAGCACUACAUACUCAUUUGCCAUGUACGACACCACGGAAGCAGGCGUGCUGAAGCAUAUAUACGGCCCCGAAAAGCCACGGCUGGAAAGCGGUUCCGCCUUUCCCUUUGUGCUGCCCACGCCCAUGAUUGCCCCACCCGAGCAUGUGGAGCCUUUUCCCGAGAACAUGAUGGGGCGCACAUUCGAAGCCCACUGCGGGUUCCAGGUUCCCCCACCUACUUGGGACCUGGUCUAUGCUCCCAUGCUGCUGGGUCUGCUGGUGCUGCUGGUGGCAGUACUUCUGUCCACCGUGAUUGCAGUGCUGGCUUGGAAAAGGAGAAAUAUUGAGGCGGAUGUGAAGGAGAUUCAGAUAUGCACGGCCAUCUUGGAGCGAGCUGAGCGGUCCAAGAGUGAGGCGGUGGCCAACGUCUCUCAUGAGCUGCGCACCCCAAUCAUUGGCAUGAUGG